CACGGUCGCCCUUUACACCGCUUGGCUAAAACCGAAUUUGCGUUGUUCCUCGACUUAUUUUAGUAAAAACAGCUAGGAACUGGCUGUUUUCGCAUUUCUGUGCUAGAAUUUUAGUUUGCCCGCCACGGGAGGGAAACCCCCGAGAUUUGCUUCUUAUGUAUCUGGCGCGUGUCGGUUGGCAGCAAUGUUGUUAUUUCUCGAGCUGCCACCAUUAUUGUUAAUACUUUCGUGAAAAAAUGUUAGUUUGAUUUUUAAUUCCAGCAAAUCGAUGUAAAUUUCUUUAAAAAUGUAAUAUACUAAAGUCUGGAUCGUUUUAACUAUUAAUUAAGUUGUUGGGUAUAAUUUGGCUGUAAAUGUGAUUAAUUUUGAGGACGCCGGCGUUUGUUAAAGCUAGUGUAGAAGUGUGGUGUAUUUAAUUAUUUGCGGAUUGUUUAAAUAGUAAACAACCGUGUUAGUUUAAGUUUCUUCCCCUUUGGUUUUUAAGUCGUUUUUAAUCAUGAACGUCAGUGACAUUUUUGAGGAGAUUGUCCCGAAAUGUAGCGAGGAGGCAGAGCCGCCAGCUGACCCGGAAAUUGUUGAUUCCACUCAGACUAAUCCAAGUGAUGAUAACUCCAAAGAAACCCCAGACGAUGCACCUACAAACCCAGAACUCUUUGACACCCUUAUGGACACUUCUGAUCAAACUCCGGUUGAGAAAGACGAUAAUAAUGACAAAUUGGACUCAACGUCAGCUCCGCUCAGUUGUCAAACUCCUGAAGAUAAUACUAUACCUGAAGUCAUUGAAUCGGAUAAUUUAGAUAGCUGUGAUAAGUUGGAAGACGAAGCGAAUAAAAUCGGAGAAAUGACAGCGGACGUGAUCAAAGAAAUUGAAAAAAUUAACGAAAAAAUGGAUAUCGAUAACCCAGACGAAAGCACUGUUAUUGAAGAAGAGAAUAAAGACGCCAAUACGAGUGAAGAGAGCGAGAAGACGUUUGAAGAAGAGGAGCCCAAAGACGACACAGUUCACGAGGAAUCUCAAGACAAGCAAAGUGAAGACGAGGCUGACAAAACUGUAGAAAAUGAGGAGCCGCGCGAAGAAUACGAGUAUGUGGGACUGGAUGAGCAGCCAGUCCUUGACAAAAGCAACACUGAAGACAAAGACAAUGAAAACGCGGAAGGAAACACCGAAAAUGAAGACGACGAGCAGAGAGACAACCCCUUAUUCGUCAACAUUGAUAAAGAAGACAACGAUAAAGAGACAAACAACAAGGAUGAGUUGCUGGAGGAAGACCCCAUCGCGUCCGAUGGCUUCAUUCCAGAAAAUCAGGAAGGGGCCGAUGAGGAGCUGUGCAUAAUCCCCGACACUGAACGAGUCAUAUCACAGGAGGAGAAAGAAGCAGCUUUCUCGAUCCCGCCCUUAAGAGACAUAUCAGAAGCGAGCUCUUCUAACGAAGUUCCCGAGGAUGGCGCCACUCCUGAGCCGCCGGCAGCAUCCACCGACGCGUCUUCCUCCACCAAUAAGUUUAAAAUAUCAAAGUGCAGCAAUGAGGAGCUCCAGACUUGUCUUCAAUGUGUUUUGAAACGCAAAGUCAAAUACACCGUUACUAAAGACGACGACGUCCAGUAUAUUUGCCACGACACUUGCUUAGACAAUUUCAAAGUAGACAACGCGAAUAAUUACGUGUUGACAUGGGAGGGCGAGAUCCGCGUGAAAGACUUGGCGACUAAUCGAGAGCCUCCUAAGUUGUCCUUUGAGCGCAAGUGCGUCGUUUGUAAAAAGAAAACCGACGAUGAGGAGAACAAUUUGACUUGGGAAAUCAUGGAUUUUUGUAACGAGUUUUGUCUAUCUAAGUACCAAAAGGAAAUCGGGUCGAGUUGCGCGAGUUGUAACGCCGAAGUUCGGCCGAAUUCUCUCGGGAAAUAUUGCGUUCGUUUCGGCAAUGACAUUAGGCAGUUUUGCUCAAGUCACUGCCUUGAGGAGUAUAAAAAGGGCCUGAAGGUCUGCUCCUACUGCCAGCAAGACAUGUCGACGGAAACGGACGGCUUUCUAGCCCCCGUGGGCGACAAAGGCCAGUUUAAAGAUUUCUGUUCGCAAAAAUGUAUGGAAAAGUACGACAUUAUGACCAAUAAUAGGCCACCCACAGUCGACGAGGGCACCAAGUGUUCGGUCUGCAAAACUGACAAUCCGAUCACGAUUGAAUAUGAGACUGAUGGAGCGCCGAAUUAUUUUUGUAGCGAUAGGUGUUUUGUCGCUUUCAGUUUCGUUAACAAUAUCGCGCCGGGGAAAUGUUCCAUGUGCCGCAGAUACUUCCCUAAUGAAAUUCUAGAAAAAAAUACCAUGUUUUAUGAUAAUGUUCAGUAUAGUUUUUGCUCGAAUAGCUGUCAGAAUAUUUACAUAAUAGCACAUCGGAAAAUAGUCCCCUGUGCGUGGUGCAAAGUCAAAAAAUAUAAUUUUGAUAUGAUUCGGAGGUACUUCAAGACAGGGCCUGUACUAAACAUGUGCAGCAUAAAUUGUCUCAGCUUGUUCCAAGUGUCCGUAAACGCUGUACAUUCGAAAAAAACCCUUUGUAAUUUUUGUAACAAGCGGCAUCAACCGAUGUAUCACCUUACAAUGUCGGAUGCCACAAUUCGAAAUUUCUGUUCGUAUUCGUGUGUCAUGUCGUUCCAAAACAAGUUUAAAAAAUCGCCCAUUACCCUAAACACUGAGGAUUUGUCGUACCCUGUGCCUGCUGGUGAGCCCAAAAAAAAUCGAAAAUUUUCCACCGAACUUGCAAAACCAGUCUCACCGCCCUUACCGGUGAUCAGUAGCGUACAGAGUUUGGCUGCGAGUUUGGCCACCAAAAAUGGGAAUUACACAGGCAACCGAGAUAACAAAAGGGCAAAAACAAACUCGAACCAGCAACAUAUAUUAAACUCAAAUGUUGAGCCCCCCGUUAAAGUGAAACAUCAUAUUAUUAUCAAAUCAUCGCCGACACCUGAUCAGCGUAAUGUUGCCACGAUGUGCAAGUUGAGACAGCACCACAAAAGCACCAGCAUUAAGCCGAACAUGACGGACAAGGCAAUGCAGACAGACCAACGCGAGGCCGAAAAAGUCCUAAUCCCUGUCCCAAUCCCCGUGUAUAUACCAUCCCCCCUCCCGAUGUAUUCAGUCCCCGCGCCUUACCCGCUCCCAUUCCCGCUCCCCAUCCCAGUCCCGAUUUUCAUCCCAACCACCCGGAACUCAGCAAAGGGCAUCAUGAAAGAAAUCAAGAAAAUCCAAGUCAAAAUACCGACCGAUCCAUACGAGGCUGAACUUCUCAUGAUGGCCGAAAUGGUCGCCGGUGACAAAAAGGAAGAAAACACCGACUCAGAAAGCGACGUUGACGAGGCCGGCCCUGGAGACGAGGGCACCUUCAGCCCCGAGCCGGUGGAUGCUAGUAACACUUUCGGAGACGAUAUGCUACAAAUGGCGCUCAAAAUGGCCACCGAGCUUGAAGAGCCCGCGGUGGACCUGGAGGGGGCCCUCACGGCCAACACCAUAACAGCCCCCCAAGGCAGCGAAACCACCACCGAGGAAACAGUCGACGAUGCCCAACCCAUCUUGCAAAUUAACGAGAGACAGUCGUUCAGGGGGCGCAAACGGGGCGGCCGAGGCGGGAAGGGGGGCUCGGGCGCCAAACGUCGGAGGAUGUCUCAGCCGGCCGAAAUCCCGGUCAUUCCCCCACAACCGGUGGCGCCCCCCGAGCCCGCCGAGAAACCCGACGCGCAUCUGUGCCUCAAAUACACGUUUGGGGUUAAUGCGUGGAAGCAGUGGGUGACCACGAAAAACACCGAACUGGAGAAAUCUACAAAGUACGCGAAACCUUUCAAAACGGAAAUUUUGCAAUUAACUGCUGAUGAAUUAAACUACUCGUUGUGUCUCUUCGUUAAGGAGGUGCGGAAGCCCAACGGGGCUGAAUACGCCCCUGAUACGAUUUAUUACUUGUGCUUAGGGAUUCAACAAUACUUAUUUGAGAAUGGACGCAUCGAUAACAUUUUUUGUGAUCCUUAUUACGAACAGUUCACUGAUAGCUUGGACGAGGUGGCUCGAAAAUUUUCAGUACUCUACAACGACUCGCACUACAUCGUUACAAGAGUCGAGGAGGAGCACCUGUGGGAGAGUAAACAGCUAGGUGCCCAUUCCCCGCAUGUCUUACUGAGCACUUUGAUGUUUUUCAACACGAAACAUUUCAAUCUCACUAGUGUGCAAGAACACAUGCAGUUGUCGUUUUCCCACAUCAUGAAACAUUGGAAGAGGAAUCCGAACCAACCAGGCGUGACUCGAGUCCCAGGUUCGCGUAAUGUCCUUUUACGGUUUUAUCCGCCCCAAACGGCAAUACAAAACAACACGCGCAAGAAAAAGGUGUACGAGCAGCAGGAAAACGACGAGAAUCCCUUGCGGUGCCCGGUCAAGUUGUACGAAUUCUACUUGUCGAAAUGUCCCGAAAGUGUCAAAACUCGCAAUGAUGUGUUUUAUUUGCAACCGGAAAGAUCGUGUGUACCUGAUAGUCCUGUUUGGUAUUCAACUACGGCUCUGCCGCAAGAAGCGCUGGAGAAAAUGCUGCACCGGGUUAAGAUGGUCAAGGAGAUUAAUGUCGCACUUUUAACUAGUUAAGCAGUUCAUAUUAGUUUGGCUUAUUAAUUUGAAGGAUCAAUAAAUGUAGAUUAAAAUGGAAUAAAACUAUUUUGUCUUUGUAUUAAAAA